AUGUCGACCGCACAGCCUGUCCCAAAGUUCUGCGUUUUCAGGCCUGAAGGCAGAUUCACCCCACUUGUGGCUCUUGAUGAACUUCCGUCAUGGCUUUGGGUGAGAGGCGCGGACCAGUUUCAUCCUUUUUUACAACCGCAGAUGGUUCUUGCUUCCCGUGGUAUGGUCCCUCGGGACGGCGAGUACGAUGUGGUCUGCCGCAACUGCUACUCCACUAUCGACAACUUGCAUAGGAGUGCUUCUCAGAGCUAUGGCUCGUCGCCUCCCCCAGCUUCAAUCCCUAAGGACGCCAACUUGUCCAAUCCUCGAGGCUCCUAUCCGGUGAUGCCAGGGUUUCAUCUGCCCUUUGUGGACGUGGACCUGUCUGGAGUGAACGCUUACGUUGAGGAUCCAUACGUUGGAAUGUGCCUGGUGGAAUGUCCAUGGCCGCUAUCUUCGAGCCGUAUAUCUUCGGUGUUUCCGACUUCCAUGGUUUCUAAGAGGUCGUUCAGCCCUGAGUCGGAUGAUUCUAUUGGGUCUAUACUGGAUCCCGAGGCUAUCGCGUUUUCUUCAAGCCUUACUCUUCCCGCGCCAUACGCGCUGCCCAGUCCAACACGGGCCCAACCGAUCGAUAAUGCCACUCUCCGUCUUUCUCAUUCGAACUCCCACGUCUUUAGCGUCGAGUAUACCGGAGCCAAUCAAGAGUCUAUCUCGACACCAGCUCAAAAAUUCCAUGCUGCCCUCGAGCAACUCAAGGAAACCAUCGGUGUCAGUCGUGACUUGGCAUCCCCUGAGCUCAAGCAACCCAAGGACACCAUCGGUGUAAGCCAUAACUUGGCAUCCCCUGAGCGUGAGCAACUCAAGGACACCAUUGGAGCCGGUCGUGAUUUGGCAUCCCCUGUGCUAGAGUCUGAGCCCGUUAUGACUCGCUAUCUGGUCGGCAAGGAAGGAAGUCGGCGUCCUUGGAAAGACGACAGGCAUGGUCGGGGCGGGGGUGUUCGCAGGCCGAAGGUCAAGCGACUGGGCUCCCUUAAGCGACUGAGCUCCCUCAAGUUGACCUCACCGAAACAGUCGCGACAGGUCAAUGCAGCGACGAAGCGACAGGAGCGACGAGAGAAGCUGGAGGCCCAGAUCAACCACGGAAGGGGUGAUAGACGCCGCUACGCGCACAAGCCCUGGCGUACGCAGAUGGCAAAUCGUUGACUGGAUCAUCCUUAGCCUUUUUUUUUUUUUUUUUUUUUUUUUUUUUUGUUUUAUCCCUUGGGGUUCGUUCGUUAUAUGUGGGAUAAUGGAUUACUUCUUGGUCGGUAGAUAGGGUUUGCAGUUCAGCCGUUUGUUUUAGGUCCGCAUCGGUUUACUGUGGUUUUAAUGGAUGAUUCUCUGUCA